AUGCCCAAUCCUGGCUGUUCCAAUGCGUCAGCCCUAUUUUCAUUACUUUUAAACAACAAGAAGGACAACAACAAACCAUGUGCCCAGUUGGAGGCUGACGCCUUAACCGAACCGAUUCAUCAUACUCCUGGAGUGGUAAAUUCUGCUGGCGUCGCACAGCCUGGGUCGAGCACCCCUUCCUCUUCCUCCUCUGGGUCGAUACUAUUCCCUGCUCCUUCCUUGACUCCGCUGCCACGUCGACUGGUCCACACUAGGCCAUGUAGCAGUACCUCUCAGACUAGUCAAUCUUCGCCCAGCGCACCCUCUCCCUUGGGCUUAGAGGCUCCUGUGCCUGCCACCACUGAAAGUUCUUCGUGUCAUGGUGCCCGUACAGCUCGGACAUCGAUGGGCUCUGCUCCGCCUUAUGUUACCAGGGUCGCUAGAUCUAUCCCGACGUUCAUGGAUCGCGUCCGUUUAUCUCGUUUGUCCUCGGUGGUUUCUCGUUCCGGACGUUGUAGCUUCAAACUAUCCUGUUCGAAUCACUUGGUAAUUCUACCGCUUUCAUUUUACCCCGUUAUCGCCGCGUCGUUUGUGUCUUUUGCCAUGUUGUUUCCAAACUCAUUUCGUGAUUCUACGUUUCUUUUCCCCGUCACUAUUAGCCCUUUAACAUCAAUCCACGACGCAGGUGGUUAA